UAAACCGCCAAGUCUUCAAAGAAGACUUCUCUAUUUCCCAAACCGUGGUCCCAAGACGAGGCGCUCACUUCUCUACAGAAUAAUCUAUUUGUCUCUGUCAAUAUGUUCAGGGUGUGUACAGUACUGACACGUCAGCUGAUGGUAAAAUAAAUGGUUCUCUUAUUCAACUGGUUCUCUUGUUCAUUUUUUUCUUUUUCUUUAAACAUUUCAUUUAAUCUUUUGCUUAUGUUUUUUCUCAAUCAUGUUGUGUGAUUGUGGAAAAUGGUCACUAUUUCUGUUACCAUAAAAUAAUUUUAUAAUGGAAUCUCCUUGAGCACUUAAGACCUUUGAUCACUUUGAAGGAGAUACUGCAGAGCAUUUUCCAACCUUUGGACUCACGAGUCACUGCUGCAAUGCAGCUCCCGUCAGAUUGUUGCACUUUGAUCCUGGUGACUUGAAGAAGGAAGUCAAGUACAUUUUCUCGCCCGUCUUUAUGUGAGGAGCAGAUGCUUGUUGCCUCGUAGGAGAUCUAUUUGAAAGAAGGGAACGAUGACACCGGAGCAGAGCGUACGCUGAAGGGUUUUGGUGGCUCAAAGGGAUUCUUUUGCAAAGAAAGACCGAUAUUGGUUCAAAAUGUUUGGAAACGGCACACAUUUCUCGUUUUCCCCGAGGGGUUUCUCACCAGAGGACUCGCCGCCCCAAAGACGACCGUUCCAACAAGAUGACUUCAAGGUUGCUCCACUGCAGAGACACAAUAUGUCUAGACCCAGUGGAAAAUCUAUAUACAUGCAGAGGAAGGAGUACUCCGAGGUGCUGGACAAACAUCCGGACAACUUUCAUGUCCGAGUGGAGCACCUGUUCACCUGUAAGCUGGACGGACAGGAGGUGAAAACAGUGGACGACUGUUUGGCCAAGCUCAAGAGGCUGGAUGCCAAAGGUCGGCUGUGGCCUCAGGACAUGGGGAUGGAGGUGCAGCGCGGAUAUCUACUGCUCAGUGACAUUGAAACCAAGUCAGAGCUGGAGUCGCUGCCUUUGAGCUGCAUCUUGCAAACCAAAGCUGUGCUGGAUAGCUGCGCCUACAACUCCGUGCUGACCGUAACCGUGCAGCAGCACGGAAAGCGCGUCCCCCAGGUCUUCAUGUUCCAGUGUGAGGAGACCGGGGCCGACCUCGUCAAGAAGGAUUUGGAUGAGGUAGUUCGAAAAGGAGGUGAUGUUGAUGAACCACGCAGAGGCCAGUCCGUCAUCAGGUCUGAUCUCGAGAGCAUCAUCGGGCAACAGGUUCCAGGGAGUUUUCGGCAAGCCGGGCCUCGUCCUGUUCAGCGAGAGACGACCCCGCCACCACCGGACCACCCGGCCGCUGGGUGGAGGAGCAGAGAACCAGACAAUAUGCCUUCUCCACCUUAUAAUCUCCAUGAGGAGUAUAUUGACCAGGAGGUCGCUGUGCAGAUGGAGGCAGAGAGGGACACAGAUAUUUUAAACCACCUCCUAAAUGAUGUGGAGUUCUUCAUGGAUAAAGUGUCUUCUGCAGCAAACACACCUUCUGUACCGGAAGUCAAGAAGAAGAAAAAUGCAUUUAAGAAGAACAAAUCAAAGAAAAAUGCACCUGCUGUCGUUCUGCCACCCUGGGAGGAAUAUAUUUCCUAUCUUCAGAAAGUCAAGUAUGGAUUCAAUCUCCUGGGCCAGCUGGACGGGUCUCUGUUCAGCCCCACCGCUCCUGACUAUGUCCACAUCUUCUUCAGUAGUUUAGGCGAGAUACUGCCUCAGUAUCCUGCAGAUCUUCCCCCCACUGUUCUCUCUCCGCUGCUGACGGAGGCAGCGUUGCAGCUGAUGUGUGAGGUCGUCAACCCUGAGGAAGACCUUCUGUGGAGGUCUCUGGGAGACAGCUGGAAUAUCCCCAGUUCUAGAUGGCCGGACAACGAUGUGCCACUUUACACCCCAGAGUUCUAUGAUGGCUGGCAGCCGCCCCCUCUCUCCAGCAUGCCCUCCCCACUCCUUUAUCAGAGCAGCAGCCACAACUUCCCAUCGGGCCCCCGGGAGCCCCCCCUGCACAUGCAGGUCAUUUACGACUUUGUGGCCAGGAACAACAGUGAGCUGAGCGUCAUGAAGGGGGAUGUUGUUCAGGUGGUUCAGAAAUCCAAACAAUGGUGGCUUGUUCGCAACACCCGCGGCGAGGAAGGCCACGUUCCUCAGAAUGUUCUGGAGCCGAUGCAGAGCGGGGGCCACAUGGAGGAUCUACCGCGGGACAGUCGCCGCCCUGUGACUCUGGACAUGAACUCCCCGUCCACAGAGGUCAAAGCCUGGCUGGAGUACAAAGGUUUCUCCAAAAUCACUGCGUCCAGCCUCGGGGUGCUGACCGGUAAUCUGCUUCUGGGGAUGACCAAGGAUGAGAUCCGGACGGUGUGUCCCGAGGAAGGAGGCAAGGUCUUCUUCCAGCUGCAGGCCAUUAAGUCAGCCAUUGCGCUCGCCAGUGAACCACCCGGCCGGUACAGCGCCCGCUACUGACCAGCCGCUUCUGUUCCGUUUGUGUUCCCUGACUCCUCGUCACAUACCAAACAACCGGAACCAUUGUGUCUGAUUUCUUCUUUAGUCUCCCUUUCUUUGCUUUUCACAUGUGUUAUUUAAGGGGAAGGACUUUUACUGAAUGAAACUUGUAUUUCUUAUUUAAUCUAUCAUCAGCAGAGACAAUUGUGCGUUACUCUAAUUAAUUUCUAAUGCUUCCAAUGUACUUGUGUUUCAAGUGAAUUUACCAGUUCCCUAGCCGACUGAACCAAACACGCAUGUAAAAUUUGCUGCAAUUAAAAGGAACUUAAGUGAUAA